UUAAAAUUUGCCAGGGGAUGCUUUCCCUAGCAAACUUGUUUCCCUGCCGCCUUAUUCUUCAGUAGCCGGCGCUGCCACUGCUCUGGACCAAAACCAGAGCUACCAUGUCACUCUCAGCAUCAAAUCGAUCAAAAUUCCUUCACAUCCUUCAAAGAAAUACGGCAAAUACUCAAUCAUGGCGUCUCCUUCAUCACCGCCUUUCAACCCAAUCGACCCCACAAACUCCGGCGCCACUUGAACUCGCACAAGACGAAGAAUCAGUCGUAACCCAAGUGCUAGAACUGAUUCAAUCCCCGGAAAAUAACCGCGACUUCACCAAGCUCAACCACUUGCUUUUCUCUCCAAUCCCUUCAUCCCCUCGCCGGUUUUUCCAAAUCACUUGUCGCUUGGACUCUUUGUCCACUGCCCUUAAGUUUCUAGAUUAUGUUAAAGCGAAUUCACCGCCGGAAUCUGAUCGGCGUUUGUUAUCUUCCACUUUCCAGGCUAUUCUCGAGCUCGCUACUCGAGAACCCAACUCGCCUAAUUUGCUUCUCGAGCUUUACAAGACCUCGAAAGAGCAGAAUGUCUCACUCAAUAGCCCUGCUGCUGUUCUUCUGCUCCGGCGCCUUGGAAGGGCUGGCAUGGCCRAUGAGGCGCUUGCUGUGUUUUCUGAGCUUGAUUCACACACAAAGAACACAUACGUCCGCAAUGUGAUCAUCGAUUUGCUACUGAAAACCGGGCGUGUUGACAGUGCAAUGAAAGUGCUCGAUGAAAUGCUUCUUCCAGGUUCGGAAUUUCGACCCAAUGAUAUAACUGCUGAUAUUGUAUUCACGAAACUGUUGAAGGUAAAUGGGUGGGAGGGGAGAGUCAGGGAAGAUGAAAUUGCAGGGUUGGUGGCCAAAUUCGGUAAACACCAUGUUUUUCCCAAUGCCAUCACAUUAACGCAAUUGAUCUCCAGGCUUUGUAGAAGUAGAAAUACAGAUCUUGCUUGGAAUGUUUUAGAUGAUGUGAUGAAGUUGAAUGGUCUUAAGGAUGUUGCACCCUGUAAUGCGCUUUUGACAGGAUUGGGAAAGGAGAGGGAAUUUGAGAAAAUGAAUUUGCUAAUGCGAAGGAUGAAAGACAUGGAUAUUCAGCCUAACGUUAUAACUUUUGGUAUUCUCAUCAAUCAUUUGUGUAAGUUCAGAAGAAUUGAUGAUGCGUUAGAGGUGUUUGAGAGGAUGAAGGGGGAAAAGGAGGCUAAGGUUGUUGCACCUGAUGCAAUCACUUACAAUACUUUGAUUGAUGGGCUCUGUAAAGUGGGGAGGCAAGAAGAAGGAUCGAGUUUGAUGAGAAUGAUGAGAUCAGAUGGCUGUGUUCCUAAUACUGUUACCUAUAAUUGUUUGAUUGAUGGGUACUGUAAGUCAGGUGAAAUUGAGAAAGCCCACGAGCUCUUUAAUCAGAUGGCUAAUGAACAAGUUGUGCCAAAUGUGAUCACCCUCAAUACUUUAGUUGAUGGAAUGUGCAAGCAUGGCAGAAUAAGUAGCGCAGUUGAGUUUCUCAGGGAAAUGCAGCAGAAGGGAUUGAAAGGAAAUUCCGUUACUUACACAGUGUUUAUCAAUGCUUUUUGCAAAGYCAACAAUAUUGAUAAGGCAAUGGAGUUUUUUGAUGAAAUGUUCAAAGCUGGAUGUUUCCCUGAUUCCAUUGUUUAUUAUACUCUGAUAUGUGGUUUGGCCCAAGCUGGAAGGUUGGAUGAUGCCAGCUUUGUCAUGUCGAAGUUGAAGGAGGCCGGGUUUCGUCUGGAUCUCGUUUGCUUCAAUAUUCUUAUUAGUGAGUUCUGUAAGAGGAACAAAUUAGAUAAAGCUAAUGAGUUGCUCAAUGAAAUGGAGCUGGUUGGAGUUAAGCCUGACAGUGUCACUUACAACACUUUGAUUUCCUACUUCAGUAGAACUGGGAAUUUCAAACUGGCCCACAAAUUUAUGAAAAGGAUGACCAAGCAUGAGGGUCUUUUACCCACUGUCUUCACUUAUGGAGCUCUGAUUCAUGCAUAUUGUUUAAACAACAACACUGAUGAAGCCAUGAAGCUUUUCAAGGAAAUGAGUGCAGCAUCAAAGGUUCCUCCCAACACGGUAAUAUACAACAUAUUGAUAGAUUCUCUGUGCAAAAAAAACGAGGUCAAUUCUGCUCUCUCUCUAUUCGAUGAUAUGAAAGUUCGAGGAGUGAAGCCCAACACCACAACAUAUAAUGCUGUAUUCAAAGCCCUUUGGGAGAAGAAUUGGUUGGACAAAGCAUUCGAACUCAUGGAUAGAAUGGUUGAACAGGCGUGUAAUGCCGAUUAUAUAACAAUGGAGAUUUUAACAGAAUGGCUUUCUUCAGUUGGUGAAACAACAAAACUCAAAAAGUUUACACAGGGAUACAAGGUCUCUACUUCUCCAGCCUAAAUUAUUUGCAAGCACGAAAGGCUUCGUUUUGGUUAACCGAUCUUCUUAACCGAGAACGGUCGCAUUCUUGGCGUAUUCAACAAUCUCUCCUACGACUUCGAGCGGAGGAUUAGCAAAGGAUCCUUUAUUCUUCCAGUCUUGUAUGUUUGGUGUAUUUAAUUAGAAUAUAUUUGGGAGUAAUCUAUGCUUUUCCAGAAAAGCAAAAGUACCUUAAAGAAGAAAAAAAAAAGAAGAAAAUGAUAGUUACUUCUUUAUGGAGUACUUAGAAA